AUGCUUUUAAAAUCAGGUGUUGUGGGGAGGGACAUCGAUAGAGAUACUGUUGUUGAAAUGCUUUUAAAAUCAGGAAAUGAAGCAAACCUUUUUGUAUUUCCGGUUGUUGGAGUUGAAGGCAUUGGAAAGACUACUCUUGCAAAAUUGGUGUAUAAUGAUCCAAGGAUAGUUAGUCAUUUUCAAUUGCGUUCGUGGGCUCAUGUGUCUCGUGUGUUUAAAGUAGAGAAAUUGUUGGAACAAAUUGUGAAUUCAGUUAGAGAAGAUAUAUGUGAGAAUCUUGAUGUGAAUGAACUGCAGAAUCUAGUUCAGGAGACUUUGUAUGAAAAGAAUUAUUUGAUUGUUUUAGAUGAUGUGUGGAAUGAGGACCCAGUGAAGUGGGAUGAAUUGAAGAAGUUGUUGAUGGUGGGUGCUUGUGGAAGCAAGAUUCUUGUAACUACUAGGUUAGAGGAAGUAGCUUCGGUGAUGGGGACGGUUCCUGCAUACUGCUUGAAGGGUUUAUUAAGUGAAGAUUGUCUGACUUUGUUCUUGAGAAACGCCUUUGAACAAGGUCAAGAAGUGUAUUAUCCAAAUCUCGUUGGGAUCGCGCCAGAGGAAAUCCCUUAG